GUUAAAGCCCGUGGCGGUGCGGCCUUGGGAACAUCAGACAGACUGCGCUACCUGGAUGGGUGCCUGGGGUACGGAACCCCCUCUCCAGCCACUUGUUUAAUGUUAUAAAAUGUUGUAGAGACCCCCCUCGCCGGUGCUGAAAUAAUGCGUGAUCAUUAAGUUCUAUAUCCAUAGUCGACAGCUGCCCGUUGUAUACCUACUCCGAUGUCUUCCAGGUCUGCCCUAUUCGCUGCUUCUUCCAACGAUGCCCACCAGCACACGCCAUAUACAGAAAAGUCGCAUGCGACACCAUCUGUUGAAACUCCUGACAGCGGGUUCCUCUCCGACAAUGAUGACGAUGACAUUCCGGCAAUGGGUGGAAGCCCUUCCCCUGCUGCUAGACGCGCAAAAACUCUAGCCGGACUGGACAAGCGACAGGAUAGCGUGGCGAAGAGGCGCAGCAAAGUUGGGAAUACAGCUCGUUCACCCACAGAUCAAACGGUACAAGCGUACCUCUCCCAAGUGCCCGACGAUGAGUUACGCCGAAACCCACAAAGACGGUUCCUGGAGUCAUGCUCUCCUGAAAGCAGACCUGCCAGCUCUCCGGCAACCCCCGAGGAUAAUGCACCGAGAUUCACGAUGAAGCCUACGCGGAACCGCCGAGACGCAGCUAAUCUAGUAAAUUCGGAUCAUGAGCGCAGUAACAACCAUAGGCCACCAGCUGCUCAACCAAAUCGCACAGGCCCUACUUCUUAUGUUCCAGACUCGCCUAACAGGCUUCCAGAGACGAGGAAUUCCACUGCACCCCCGCCAAGGGCACCGGAUGACAGGCUAACAGCGUUGCCUGGCGAUGAGACGGAAAGAUCCAAAUCCCCGCUUUCUUUCUCUGGCCAGCCCGAGACUCCAGGAACCGAGGUAUCUGUUGGCGACUUAGGCAACGGAGAAUUGACACCAGAAUCCAAAUCGAAAUUGCAGACAAAUGAGGACAUUAUACUAAAAAUUGUGGAUAUAUUACGCGGAUUACCCAAGAAUAGCGAGAAGAAGAAAGAAGGUUACGCCUACAUUCUGUAUGACCCGUCGGCACGGACUGGGGUGUACAAGAUUGGCAGGGCAGUAAAUAUGAAGGAUCGGCUCAACCAGCAUAAGAAUAAAUGCAAUCUCGAACACUGGGAGGCAAGAAAAGAACCCGCUGUUCCGAUAAAGCAAUAUAAGCGACUUGAAAGACUAGUCCAAGCUGAACUACGGAAUAUGGGCUACCGAUUUAGGUGUUACUGUCACGCAAAGCAUCAGGAAUACUUCUGGGGCGACCGCGAAGUUGCAUCGGAGAUGCUGGUCUCCUGGUCGCGGUGGCUGAGAGAGCAAGAGCCGUACGAUGACGAGGGCAGGCUCAAGGACUUCUGGGUUGACCGGCUUAACAUUGUUUUGCAAUAUCCAUUGAGUUCGUUUACUUGCAUGGCCACCGAAUGUGCUAAACGAAUCUCUGGAACAAGCCAUUGCCCGGAUUGCGUUCGGGCUGGAUGGAAGACCUUUAUGGCUCCGAGCCUAGAGGACCACUUUGAUUACUUUUGUCGUAUGCAUGUACCGUACUCCUGGGACCGUUGCAUAUUGGAACCCUUCUAUAUGCGUACCCCGUCUGCGGCAGCAUGGUUUGAGGGAAUGGCGAACUCUAUCGGUUCUACGAAAAGUGGCCGAGUCCCAAUUUCCAGUACCUCCCUUACGUUGCUCAUCAGAGGAAUAUGGUCGGUGAUUUGGGCUGGAUGGACCCACACAUUGGAUUUGUCCACGAUAUUCAACAUAUUGAUGCUGGUGGUCAUGAUCUAUGAUCUCUUCCCGGUCUCCAGUGGGAAGGGGAGCAUCCGUAUCGCAGAGUCUGGUCAGAGCCCCAAAGUAACCGAGAAAUCUGGACCACAGCCGCCUAAGACCCCUGAGGCAGCCCCGACACUAUCAGCUAGGGUUCCAGAACACAAUGGAGAAGAGGACGGCCACGUUGGAGUCUCGGAUGGGGGGACUUCUAACGUAUCAACGAGGGCGAACAAAGAACACAGCGAUCAGAUGCACCAGUAGACAUAGCUUGUAGAGCAAAAUAAUGCCUAUGGAGAGAGUGUACAGAGACGUGUAAACCAAGCUUCACCAUUCUAUACUGUGCCAAUACUAAGCAAUUAAGAGAUUCCCAAGCAAUUUUCUUUUCCGCCGGGGCGCAAUCAUAGCGAUCUUGCUAACAUGACAUGCUAGGCAGUUAUAAGCCGCUCUGCACUCCAAGCCCAACACAGCACGACUCACAUCUUGGGAGCCUGCGUCCCCAUUUCUGUCUCUAUAGUGGUAGGCUGUGGUUCACUCCUGUGACCGGGCAGUUUGUGGCGCAAGGCUGAUAUUGUAGGU